CAAGAUGCUGGGUGGAAGCGUGAAGUCCGAGGCCAGGGUCUCGGAACCUAGUCCCACCUGUCAGGACCCGGAGAUCAAAGACCCCCACCAGGACCUGCCGAGGCCCAACCAGCCCGCUGCCUCUGGGAGCGUGCCCUCCCGGCCCCGCCGGCGGCCCCCUCCCCAGCGCCCGCACCGCUGCCCGGAUUGCCCCAAGGCCUUCUCGUACCCAUCCAAGCUGGCCACGCACCGGCUAGCGCACGGCGGCACUCGCCCGCACCCGUGCCCCGACUGUCCCAAGGCCUUCUCCUACCCGUCCAAGCUGGCUGCGCACCGCCUCACGCACAGCGGAGCUCGCCCGCACUCCUGCCCGCACUGCCCCAAGGCCUUCGGCCACCGUUCCAAGCUGGCGGCGCAUCUCUGGACGCACGCACCCGCCCGUCCCUACCCGUGCCCCGAUUGCCCCAAGUCCUUCUGCUACCCGUCCAAGUUGGCGGCCCACCGCCACACCCACCACGCCACCGACGCCCGCCCCUACCCUUGCCCGCACUGCCCCAAAGCGUUCUCGUUUCCUUCCAAACUGGCGGCCCAUCGUCUGUGCCACGACCCCCCAACUGCGCCCAGCAACCAGGCUACUGGCAGCCACCGAUGCUCCAGCUGCAACCAGGCCUUUGGCCAGAGACGCCUCCUGCUGGUUCACCAACGCAGCCACCACCAGUCAGAGGGCCAGGGAGAGCGGGAGUGA